AUGCAAUCUGUGGAGUGCCUGAAGAGCAGCGCUGAGAGCAGUAACUCCACAGUCACUCAACACUCACCAAAAUCAGAUCCAUCUGAUCCUGCUGCUGCACGAACUGGCGCGGGUGUACGCGACAAUUGCGGCAAGUUUGCCUGUGACUUCAGCGGCGCUUUGCCUCGCCUCCGCAUCACGGCGCUCGAGGCCCACACCUCCAAGACUGGCCAGCCUCUCUGGAUGCCCUCAAGGAACCGCAUCGUUACAUGCGGGUACGACGGGACAGUACGGACCUGGUCAAUGUGCCCCCGAGGCGGGGUGCCCUCUCAGGAUCAAGUCCUCGUGUUCCAGUCCUCCGAGCCUGACCGAGGACUGUAUCCCUCAACUCCUGCUCCCCUCAGCACCGUCCUGGCUAUGCCCUCUGGCCGGCUGCUGCUGUCGUAUGCUGGUGCUACCAUCAACGUCUGGUCUCUUGCCGGUAAUAUCGAAUGUCGUGACGCCGUGGAGCUGUUGUGCUGGAGCCCAACAGGAGGGCUCCUGUUCACUGGAGGUCCCCGGUGUGCCAGCGCGCGCGUGUGGCGCCUACAGGAGCAGCAGCGCCUCGGCGACGAGGCUGCAGCAGCGCCUUCCUCCCCUGCAGAGCUGCAGCGCGCCUGGAGCCCUGUACACAACCUGGGCCUCGACGCUGCGCCUGUCACGGCCGCCGCCUGGUCCGGCAUUGUUUGUGAGUAA